UCUAGAAUCAAUUGCCGAGCGCAUGCUCUGUGGGGAAGAUCCGGGUUUUGGACAGGAUGAACGCCAAUUUCCAAGAUGGCGGCGGAGGGAGGAGGGAAGGAGAUGAACGAAAUUAAAACUCAAUUCACCACUCGGGAAGGUGUCUAUAAACUCCUCACUCACUCCGAAUAUAGCCGCCCUAACAGGGUGCCUUUCAAUUCACAGGGCUCGAAUCCGGUGAAAGUCUCCUUCGUGAACGUCAACGACCAGUCCGGCAACGGCGACAGAAUCUGUUUCAAUGUGGGCCGGGAACUGUAUUUUUAUAUCUACAAAGGCGUAAGAAAGGCGGCUGACCUGAGCAAGCCCAUAGACAAGAGGAUCUACAAAGGAACGCAGCCCACGUGUCAUGACUUCAACCCCCUCACAGCCACAGCGGAGAGCGUCUCCCUGCUCGUGGGUUUCUCGGCCGGCCAGGUGCAGCUCAUUGACCCAAUCAAGAAGGAGACCAGCAAGCUCUUCAAUGAGGAGAGACUGAUAGACAAGUCUCGUGUGACAUGUGUACGGUGGGUUCCUGGCUCAGAGAGCCUCUUCCUAGUGGCCCACUCCAGCGGCAGCCUGUACCUGUACAACGUAGAGCACACCUGUGGCACCACGCCACCCCACUACCAGCUUCUCAAACAGGGCGAUGGCUACGCCGUGCACACCUGCAAGAGCAAGUCGGCCCGCAACCCCCUACUGCGCUGGACAGUAGGCGAGGGGGCGCUGAACGAGUUUGCCUUCUCCCCCGAUGGGAAGUUCCUUGCGUGCGCCAGCCAGGACGGCUUCCUGCGCGUGUUUGGCUUCGAUGCAGCCGAGCUGCACGGCACAAUGAAGAGCUACUUCGGUGGGUUGUUGUGCGUGUGCUGGAGCCCGGACGGACGAUAUAUAGUGGCCGGGGGGGAGGACGACCUAGUGACCGUCUGGUCCUUCUCAGACUGCAGGGUGAUCGCCAGGGGCCACGGCCACAAGUCGUGGGUGAGUGUGGUGGCGUUUGAUCACUGUACUACCAGCGUGGAGGACAGCGACCCACCCGCCGAAUUCAGCGGGAGUGACGAGGAGUUCCACGAGCAGAUCCACUUUGGAGGGGGGCGGGACCGGGCUAAUAGCUCCCAAUCACAUCUUUCCAAGAGGAACUCUACAGACGGCAGGCCAGUCAGCGUGACCUAUCGCUUCGGCUCGGUGGGCCAGGACACCCAGCUGUGUCUGUGGGACCUGACUGAGGACAUCCUGUUUCCCCACCUGCCCCUGUCACGUACCAGAACUCACACUAACGUCAUGAGUGCCACCAGCCCCCCGGCUACUGGGGCGGCCACUACUAAUACUACUACUACUACUACUACUGCUGCUGCUGCUACUACCACUACUACUACUACUACUACUACUGCUACUACUGCUACUACUCCUACUACUAACCCACCUGGUACCAAUGGCAACAACACAGUGAGCAGUAGUAGUGGUAACAGUGGCGCCCCAGCUAACUCGCUCCCUGCCCCCCUGCCGCGCUCCAACAGCCUGCCACACUCCUCCGGCCCCGCAGGGGGCAGCACCACGCCUAACUGCCACACGACCAGCAGCAAAGGAAGCAGCAUCAUCGACAGCACCUUCAUCGCCACGGGCGUCAGCAAGUUCGCUACACUGUCGCUGCACGACACACGCAAGGAGCGCCACGAGAAGGACCACAAACGCAACCACAGCAUGGGCCACAUCAGCAGCAAGAGCAGCGACAAGCUCAACCAACUGAGCUCUGCGGCGCGGACGGCCAAGGCGGACGCCGCUAAGACUCUGGGCACGCUGCUGUGCCCGCGCAUGGAGGAGGUUCCUCUGCUGGAGCCGCUGGUGUGUAAGAAGAUUGCUCACGAAAGACUCACUGUGUUAAUCUUCCUGGAGGACUGUCUGGUCACAGCCUGCCAGGAGGGCUUCAUUUGCACAUGGGCCAGGCCCGGUAAAGUGGGCUUACUAUCAUCUCAGAACCCGGCCAACUCUCCUAGUGGGACUGUUGUAUAGCCCUGGUGCUAGUGCUGCUAAACUAAACCGAGCUCCACCAGACAUGACGGGACAGGAUGACCUGGCCACACCUCGCCACAGCCCUGCAGCGCUGUUCUCUCUCUCUCUCACACACCUUCAUCACCAUCACCACUACUGAAGCUCUUUUUGUUCUGUUAAUCUUUAGAUAGAUAGAUGGAUAGCUAACGUGGGCCAUUGAGGGUAGAUGGGUUGGCCCACAGUCUGAAAAGAGUGUAAAGGAUCGUGUGAAAGGUGCAGAAUGCUUGAAAUCGUCCAGGAGGAUUUAAAGUGUUGUUCAGAGAGGGAGGCUGGCUGCGAUGUGUUUACUUUGUUUUCACCUCCCUUCCUCUCUCAACAUUCUCUUUCCCGGUCCAAAAACAACCCCUGUAAAAGCUACAGCUUGUUUUCAGACUGGGCUUGUCUCUAAUAGCGUGGCCUCCUCCAGAAACCACCCCUAGCCACUACUACCCCCUAGGCUCUUCAUGUAGAUCUGAAAGACCUUGGAUAGGUUUAAUCAUUAUGGUAGUAGGCACAUUUCUCCACUAUUCAGUUCUCUCAGAUCUAGCCUAGGUAUUAGGGGCUAGGUGUUGUCUUGGGACAGGUGCUAUCGCUUUUAGCUUGAUCCUCAUCCAUGACUAACCCUGGUGGAGUUGGAUCACAUGUUCAUAGCAAAGGGAGACCGGAGCAGUUAGCUUCCUAUAACUACAAUAAAAAAAUAUUUUUGAAUUUAAAUCAGAAUAUCACAGCUUGAGUACGUUGCACUGAUUUUAUUGUUUAUGUAAAUUUUUAUUCAUAAUUAUGACAGAAACAAGAUGGUUGAAGAUAGCCUUUGGAUGCACUUGGGUUGUGGCGAGUAAUCUCUGUCUGGAUGCUAAAAUCAUAGUUGUUUUUUUUAAAGAAAAAGAGAAUUGUUUGCACUUAAUAGUUUGUUAGAUGAGAAUGGCUUUACAAUUUUGGAGUGUGCAAGGACUCCCCCGACAAGGUUGUUAAAAAUAUAAAUAGAAUUAAAAACCUUUAUCUAUUGAACAUUUAUUUUAAUAUUGUUUCAGAUUUAAAAAAUGGGCUCUGUAUUAUAUGUAAAUAUUGUACUUCAAUGAUUUGGUGAAAUUAUCAUUGUUACACUAGUUUGAAGUUCUUCAUUUCAGAAAAUAGUGAUAUUUCUAAUUCAGAAAAAUAUACAUAAUAAUAUUAAAAAUGAAUCUUGAAUAUGCAGGUUCAUGUUUUUUCCUUUCUGUUGUACAUAAAGAGAAUUCAGGUGUAUUUUUCAUAAUGAAAUGUUUGUUAUAGGAGAUGUCUCUAUGGAAUCCUCUUUAUCUAGUAGGUAGUGCUGAAAGCUAGCCUGUCGCUGCAGACUCCUCUAUGUAGAAAAGUUUUCCCAGUCCCAAACUCGCUCCUGCACCCUAUGCACUUGUGAAGUCCUGAGAGCAUGGCCGCAGGAAGUUUUGGGUUGGGGGUGCUGUCGAUGGGGUUCUGAGUAAUAUUUUUCUCUGCUAUGCUGAGAGGAUUGUAUAGGAAAUGUGGAAAUUGAAAGACUAGAUAUAUACUUUACCAUAUUGCUCAUAUACCUAUCCAAUCUUCUUAGAUCGCCACAAGUGUCACAGGGCUUAGGUGCUAGUGGUUGUUUUGGGACUGGGCCGUAGGCUAAGGUAGGAGCCGUCUAAUUCAGACAUCACUCAGAGCUCAGGUAAACCACAGAAGACUAACGCUAACAUAAUUAUCUUACCCAUUAUUAGGCCCCAGUACAUAAAAUAUCUGAAUUCACCUACCUAGUAUACAAAUAUGACUAAACCGGUGUUAUAGGUGUGUGUGGACUAUGGCCGCUACAUAAGUAAUGACAAUGGGAGUGUGUGUCAACCAGAAAUGUGUGUCAACCACAUUUCUGGUCAACUGACACUGUUGAUAAACAUCACUACUUGAUGGCGGUAUGAGUGCUGGGCCUUGUUUACGGGGGUGCAACAUUAUGAAACGUUCACAUAGAAAUGUAUUAUCUAGAAAAGAUAUGGGAAUAUCUGUCGUGUAGAUGGGGACUAGAGUUAGCUCUAUUCAUGACAUUUCUAGGUGCUCAUUUCAGCUGAGCGUUUUCCGAAAGCUUCAUGGCACUGAGACCAUUGCCUACAAUGGAUGUCUAUAAUGAUUAUUUUAGCGCUGUGAAGCGUCCGGGAAACUCGCACCUGAGUGUUUCACCUCCCUGAACCCACCCCAGGAGAUGAGGGAGUUUUGUGAAGCACCCAGGUAGGCAGUGUGAGGAUUCUCCAAGGUCUAACAGUGGGAGUAUAAUUUUUUCCUCCAUGUGACACCUAUUAAACAACUUUGACAGAC